AUGGGCAAAAAAGCAAAAACCGGAAAACUUCGUAAAGAUAAAUUUUACCAUUUAGCUAAAGAAUCAGGUUUUCGAUCUCGUGCUGCAUUCAAAUUAUUACAAUUAAAUCGUGAACAUCGUUUUCUCGAAAAUGCUCGUGUUCUUAUUGAUCUCUGUGCAGCACCCGGUGGUUGGUUACAAGUUGCUGAGAAACAUAUGCCAAUAUCUAGUUUAAUUAUUGGUGUUGAUUUAGCGCCAAUAAAACCAAUACCACAUACAAUUACUUAUCAAGAAGAUAUUACAUCUGAAAAAUGUCGACAACUUUUAAAAAAAGAUUUAGGAACAUUUAAAGCUGAUGUUAUUCUUCAUGAUGGUGCUCCUAAUGUGGGAAAAAGUUGGAUACAUGAUGCAUAUCAACAGAAUGUUUUAACAUUAAGUGCACUUAAAUUAGCAACAGAAUUUUUACGUAAAGGUGGAACAUUUGUUACCAAAAUGUUUCGUUCUAAAGAUUAUUAUUCAUUAUUAUGGGUUUUUCAACAAAUGUUUAAACGUGUUGAUUCAACAAAACCUCAGGCAUCACGUAAUGAAUCUGCUGAAAUUUUCGUUAUAUGUAGUGGAUAUUUAGCACCAGAUAAAAUCGAUCCAAAAUUUCUUGAUUAUAAACAUGUUUUUACUGAUGUUGAAAAUGAUGCAGUUGACGCACAAAAUAAAGCAAAAUUACGAUUAAAACAUCCAGAAAAAUUUGUUCGAAGUCGAGAAGGUUAUCCUGAAGGAGAUUAUACAUUAUAUCAUAAAUUAAAUGCAACAAAAUUUAUUGAAGGUGACAAUUUUCUUGAUCUAUUAGCUACUGCUAAUGAAAUUGUUAUCGAUGAUGACCGAAUACGUCAACAUCCUAAAACAACAUCUGAAUUAGAAGCAUGUAUUAAAGAUAUUAAAGUUCUUGGUCGACGAGAAAUAACUUUAAUUCUUGCUUGGCGUCGACAUUUAGCUGCAUCAAUUUUUAAAAAUACUCUUCCUCGUAUUGACCCAUCAACUGAAGAAAAUAAAACUGAAGAAAAAACGGAAGAAAAAGUUGAAAAAGAUGAGGAUGAUGAAGAUGAUGCUGAUAUUGAAGAACAAUUACUUAAACUUACUGAACAACAACGAAAAGAAGCAAAAAGAAAACGUAAACAUGUUAUGAAAGAAAAACGAAAAAUACGUGAUCGUCUUGCACUUAAAAUGAUUUUACCCGGUGAUAUUCAUGAUCAUGAAACAGCAGAAGGUGGAAAAAAUGAUCAAGGUUUAUUUGAUUUAGAAAAAAUCAAAACAAAAAAACAAUUACUUGAAAUUUCAUCCGCUUUACCUGAUAUUAAUUUGAAUAUUGAUCAUACAGUCAAUGAAGAUGAUGAUGUAUAUUUAGGUCAAGACAAAAAUCGAAUACCUCGAGUAUCUUAUGAUAAAGAUAAAGGUGAUUUGUCAUCAAUUGAUAUUUAUAAACAAUAUCUUGAUGAUGAGGAUGAUGAAGAUGAAGAUGAUGAUGAUGCUAUGCCAUAUGAUUCUGAACGACGUCAAGUUAAACUCGAUAGGUAUGACGAUGAUGGUGAGGAUGAAUCAGACAAUGACGAUAAUGAUAAUAAUCAAUGGGAAGAUGACGAAGAAGAAAAUCCACUUGAUAUGGACAUUAUCGAUGCAUCAACAAAAUCAGCGAAAGCAAAAACAGUUGCUGAUGUUUGGUUUGAACAAGAUAUAUUUAAACAAACUACACAAGAUGAUAAUGAUGAUGAAGAGUUUGAACUUGAAAGAAAAUUAAAUUCACUUAAAUCAGAUGGAAUACCAAUUCUUGGAAAAGCAUCGAAAAGUAUCCUCAAAAACGGAAAAGGUGUUUUUAAUGAUAUUGAUGUUGACGAUGAUGAUGAGUCCAGUGAAUCUGAAGAUGAUACCAGACGUAAAAAAAAGAAACGUGCAUUAAAUGAUGAUGAAUUUGAAGAAGUUCCUGUUGAUCAACCAAUGAAACGUGUCCAUCUUGAUGCAGAUGAUUUAGCAUUAGGUCAUAUGAUGUCUCAAUCAAAAAAAAAUCGAGAACAAUUAAUUGAUCGUUCUUAUAAUCGUUUUAUGGGUUAUGGUGAUUCGGAAGGUUUACCAAAAUGGUUUAUUGAAGAAGAAAAACAACAUUGUCGUGCAAGUUUACCAGUUACAAAAGAACUUGUUGAAAGAUAUAAAGCUAAAAUGAGAGAAAUCGAUCAACGACCAUCGAAAAAAGUAACUGAAGCUAAACAAAGAAAGAAACGACGUGAAAUACGUAAACUUGAAAAAGUUAAAAAGAAAGCUGAACCAUUACUUGAAAAUGCUGAUCUCGAUAAUAAAGAACGAAAUAAACAAAUUAAAGAUCUCUAUCGAAAAUAUGGUGUUAUUGGACAGAAACAAGUCAAUGUUAAAUAUGUUGUUGCUAAAAAAUCUCAGCGAGGUGGUUCUCGACCAGCAGGUGCUAAAGGACCUUAUAAAGUUGUUGACAAACGUUUGAAGAAAGAUAAACGUGCAACGAAAAAACAAAAUAAACUUAAUAAAACAAGACAGUCAACGGGGAAAGGUCGUAAGCAACAAAAACCAUCCAAGAAUAAUAAAGGAAAUAAACAACAAAAAUCAUCAAUGAAUAAUAAAGGAAAACAACGGACAUAG